CUUUAUCGUGUCGUCACCACACAUGUCUUUCCAAACACGGAAACGAAAAACCAAAAGCGCAAUAAUCUGAAUAAAAGGACAGGUUUUGCUAAAGCUAUGUAAGCACAGUAUGUAGUGUAUGAAUCUGUUGCACAUACAGCGUCAUGGAGAGGACAAAAAAACGAUGGCCUUUUAACAGAAAAUCUGCAUUUGCCGAGCCUGUCAAACUGCGGAAAAGAAAAUCUAAACUAUACAGCCAAGAGGAUGAAAAUUCAAAGUAUGAGAAAGGUUUUCUGGGAGUAAAUCUCAGUUUUGUCCUGUUCACUGUCACGUUUCGUCUUGUUAACUGCUUUCUGGUCAAAACAAGCUUCGUUCCAGAUGAAUACUGGCAGUCUCUGGAAGUUGCCCAUAACAUGGUUUUUAAAUAUGGGUACUUAACCUGGGAGUGGACAGAAGGUAUAAGGAGUUACUCUUAUCCUCUCUUCUUUGCAAGUAUUUAUAAAAUAUUGCAUCUUCUAAACAAAGACACUGUUGAGCUUCUGAUUUGGGGCCCUCGACUUGCCCAAGCACUUCUUGCAGCAUUGUCCGAUAUAAAGCUGUACUCCUUGGUGAAACAACUGGAAAAUGAAAAUAUUGCCAAGCUGGUGUACUUCAGUCAGCUAUGUUCUUGGUUCACGUGGUACUGUUGUACAAGGACCUUAGUAAAUACCAUGGAGACAAUUCUGACAACAGUUGCCCUCUACUAUUACCCGUUUCAAGGUUCGAAGGCACAAAACAGCUCCAAAUACCUGGCUCUGGUUGCUCUGGCAGUUGUUAUGCGGCCAACUGCUGUUAUCGUGUGGCUCCCUCUGGUGAGCUAUCACUUCUGGCAAGAAGAUACAAAGCUGAAUCUCGUACUGCAUCAUGCCAUGCCUGUCGGGUUAUUGACUCUAGGGAUUUCUACAUUAGUUGACCGUGUAUUUUCUGGCAAGUGGAUCCUGGUUCAGCUGAACUUCCUAAAGAUAAAUGUUCUUCAGAACGUGGCAGUGUUGUAUGGAUCGCACCCAUGGCACUGGUACCUGACUCAGGGCUUCCCUGUUGUUCUUGGGACACACCUACCGUUUUUCAUUCAUGGCAGCAUGUUAGCACCGAAAAGAUACAGGAUAUUACUUGCAGCAGUCAUUUGGACAGUCUUGGUGUAUAGCUUGUUGUCCCAUAAAGAGUUCCGGUUCAUUUAUCCAGUCCUGUCUUUCUGCAUGGUCUUUUGUGGUUACUCUUUGGCAAGCCUGAAAACCUGGAAGAAGCCAGCUGUGUGUUUCUUGGUUUUAUCAAACCUUCUACCAGCUCUAUAUACAGGACUUAUUCACCAGCGAGGUACCCUGGAUGUAAUGAAUCAUAUUCAACAGCUCUGUAAGGAAAGUAAUUCCCCUACCAACACAGAGGUAUCUGUGUUCUUCUUAAUGCCUUGUCAUUCCACUCCAUUUUACAGCCAUGUUCAUUGUCCAAUCACAAUGCAGUUUCUACAGUGCCCACCAGAUCUGACUGGUAAUAAAAGUUACAUUGAUGAGGCCGAGAUUUUCUUCUCAGACCCAGUGAGGUGGCUUGAGGCACAUUUCCCCAAUCAGACUGUAUUGUCCACUCAUCUGGUGUUUUUUGAGGUUUUAGAGAAGGAAAUAAGCCCCUUCCUGGAAAGGAACAGCUACGUGAAAACCUCAGAGUUUUUUCACACUCACGUCCCUGAAGGCCGUGUUGGAAGAAACAUAUUCCUAUAUGAGAGACAAACUUAAUAAAAAUACUUCUUUUGAAAGGUGGGGAGUUUAACAAGCUAUUUAAUGGUACAUACAGUGAUCUGUGAAGGCUUUUGUGGACACGCCUGACAGGAUAUAUAUUUCAAGUUAUAUUUCAAUGUUUUGAAGUGGAUUUUAUCAUGUAAAUAAACCAUAAUUUAUUAGUA